AUGGUCUCGGGUGUCCGCGGGAUUGUCGAGGAUGACCGGGUGUCCGCGGGAUUGUCCGCAGGGAUGGAUGGUUACCGGGUGUCCGCGGGGUUGUCCCGGGAUGCUCGCGAUCCGGACAGCCCGGUGCCCCCGCCGCUGCCGCGCCCCGUGCCCGCGGGCCGGGCACGCUCGGAGCCCGCAGCCAGCCCCGGUCCCCUCCCGGCUCCCCGCGGCCACCGAGCCCCGCCCGGGGAGGCUCCGGGGCGCUUCGUGCCCGCGGAGCCGCGCUCCGGCAGCGACAUCGUCCAUCCCAUCAAGGUCGACGAGAGCGGAGCCUUCCUGUCCUACGACUUGUCGCACCGGGCCCUCCACCGGAGGUCUCCUGCCUCCAGGAGCCAGCUCCCCGCCUUCUACGAGCUGCAGUACAGGGGGCAAGCCCUGAAAUUCAACCUGAGCCUCAACAGGCACCUGCUGGCCCCGGGCUUUGUCAGCGAGCGGCGUUUCGGCGGCAUCGCGGGCGCCAAGAUCCAGCCGCGCUCCUACAACCCGUGCCACAUGAUCGGGGAGGUGCGGGGCCCGCGGCAGGCGGGGCUGGCUGCCCUCAGCACCUGCGACGGCCUGAAAGGAGUGUUUCAGCUCAUGGACGAGGACUAUUUCAUCGAGCCCGUGUCCAGCAGCCCCCGGGAGGAGGGAGCAGCCCAGCCCCACAGGAUCUACAAGCGCCAGGUGCCCGAGGCCAGGGCUGGGCAGGGCAGGAGCCCCCCGGCCCCGCGGGAGCCCUGCGGCGUGCCAGAGUCUCAGGAGAGCCUGGAGCGGUCUGAGAGGCGCAGGGAGCGGUGGGAGCAGAAGCAGCACAGGAGGAGGAGGAGGAGGAUCAAGCAGCGCUCCAUCAGCAGGGAGAAGUGGGUGGAGACGCUGGUGGUGGCAGACACCAAGAUGGUGGAGUUCCACGGCAGUGCCAACAUCGAGAAGUACGUGCUGACCGUCAUGAACAUGGUGGCAGGGCUGUUCCACCACGCCAGCAUCGGGAACCCCAUCAACAUCGCCAUAGUGCGGCUGAUCCUGCUGGAGCACGAGGAGGAGGACCUGAAGAUCUCCCACCACGCAGACAACACCUUGAAAAGCUUCUGCAAGUGGCAGAAGAGCAUCAACGUGAAGGGAGACUCGCACCCCCUGCACCACGACGUGGCCGUGCUGCUCACCAGGAAGGACAUCUGUGCUGCCAUGAACAGGCCCUGUGAGACCCUGGGGCUGUCCCACGUGGCCGGGAUGUGCCAGCCCCACCGGAGCUGCAACAUCAACGAGGACACGGGGCUGCCGCUGGCCUUCACCGUGGCCCACGAGCUGGGACACAGUUUUGGGAUUCAGCAUGAUGGAAGCAGCAAUGACUGUGAGCCAGUUGGGAAAAGACCUUUCAUCAUGUCUCCACAGCUCCUGUAUGACACGUCCCCCCUCACCUGGUCCCGCUGCAGCCGCGAGUACAUCACACGCUUCCUCGACCGGGGCUGGGGGCUGUGCCUGGAUGACCCCCCGGCCCGGGAGCUGCUGGACUUCCCCCUGGUGCCCCCGGGUGUCCUGUAUGACGUGGGCCACCAGUGCCGCCUGCAGUACGGCCCCUACUCCACCUUCUGCGACGACAUGGACAGUGUCUGCAGCACGCUGUGGUGCACGGUGGGGAACACGUGUCACUCCAAGCUGGAUGCAGCUGUGGAUGGCACAGCCUGCGGGGACAGCAAGUGGUGCUUCAAUGGCGAGUGUGUUCCCGUGGGCUUCCGGCCCGAGCCCAUCGACGGCGGCUGGAGCUCCUGGAGCGCCUGGGCCUCCUGCUCGCGCAGCUGUGGGGCAGGAGUGCAGAGCGCUGAGAGGCACUGCAGCCACCCCACGCCCAAGUACGGGGGCCGGUACUGCCUGGGCGAGCGCAAGCGGUUCCGGAUCUGCAACGUGCGGCGCUGCCCCCCGGACCGGCCCUCCUUCCGCCAGGUGCAGUGCAGCCAGUUCAACCCCAUGCUCUACAAGGGCAAGCUCUACAAGUGGACACCAGUGCCCAACAACAUGAACCCCUGCGAGCUGCACUGCCGGCCCGAGCACGAGUACUUUUCGGAGAAGCUGCGGGACGCCGUGGUGGAUGGCACGCCCUGCUACGACAGCGACGCCAGCCGCGACGUCUGCAUCAACGGCAUCUGCAAGAACGUGGGCUGUGACUAUGAGAUUGACUCUCACGCCGUGGAGGAUCGCUGCGGGGUGUGCCACGGGGACGGCUCCACCUGCCACACCGUGCACAAGACCUUCGAGGACAGCGAGGGGCUGGGCUACGUGGACAUUGGGAUUAUCCCCGUGGGAGCCCGGGAGAUCCGGAUUGAGGAGGUGGCAGAAGCCGGGAAUUUCCUGGCGCUGCGGAGCGAGGACCCCGAGAAGUAUUUCCUGAAUGGAGGCUGGACCAUCCAGUGGAACGGGGACUACAGGGUGGCAGGGACCACCUUCACCUACAAGAGGACAGGCAACUGGGAGAACCUCACCUCUCCGGGGCCCACCGUGGAGCCCGUGUGGAUCCAGCUGCUGUUCCAGGAGACCAACCCCGGGGUGAGGUACCAGUACACCAUCCAGCGCCCGGCUGACAGCGAGAACGAGAUCGAGCAGCCCGAGUUCCUGUGGCGCUUUGGCUCCUGGACCACCUGCACGGCCACCUGUGGGACAGGGGUGCAGCGGCAGGUGGUGCACUGCGUGGAGAGGCUGGCGGGGCUGGUGGAGGAGCGGUUCUGCGAUGCCCUGACGCGCCCCGACGACCAGCAGCGCACCUGCAGCGAGGAGCCCUGCCCAGCCAGGUGGUGGGUGGGUGAGUGGCAGCAGUGCUCAGCCACGUGUGGCCGGGCAGGGCUGAUGAAGAGGACAGUGCUGUGCAUCCAGAGCGUGGGGCUGGACGAGCAGAGGGCCCUGCAGCCAGCAGACUGCCAGCACCUCACCAAGCCCGAUGCCACCAUGCCCUGCCACCCAGAGGUGCCCUGUCCCUCGCCGUGGGCUGUGGGCAACUGGUCUGAGUGCUCGGUGACCUGUGGGAACGGGACCCAGCGGCGCCCGGUGCACUGCAGCAACAGCACUGGCACCCCAUGCGAGCCUGCCCACAGACCCAGCCCCGAGAGGGCCUGCUCCUUGCCACAGUGCCACCAGAGAUGGGACAGCGCAGACUGGUCUGGCAGCGGCUCCUCCAGCAGGGAGGUGUUUAAUGACAUCCAGUACAUCCCCAGCAAGCACGUUCCUCAGUUUAACCCCUUCAUCCCACACGGCCCGGAGUCCAACGAUGUCAACGUCAUCACCGAGGAGGACUUCUCAGCCAGGAAAGGAAAUGUCUUUGUGGAUGACUUUUACUACGAUUAUAACUUCAUCAACUUCCACGAGGAUCUGUCCUACUACCCCUUCACGGAGAAGGAGAGCAGAGGCGAGGAGCCAAGGGCAGAGCUGAGCACGGAUGGCACCGAGGGGCCCUGGGAGGUGCCCACCGAGGCCCUGCUCACCACAGGGCCGGGAGCAGAGAGCCAGGGGCAGCCAGGCCCCCAGGAGGAGCACACCUCUGCCCCUGUGCAUGGGCGACACACAGAGCCUGGGGGUUUAGCCAGGAAUCACCUCCUGAGCAUGGUCCCCGAGGAUGUGGGAUCAGCCACUCCCACAUACACCACCCCUGCCUUUUUGGGGGAGCAGGAGGAGGGUGCAGUGCCUGUGCCCCACUCUGAGCACCACCCGCCCACCCAGAGCUCCGUGAGCCCCCACUCUGCAAACCACGGCCAGGCAGGGCCCUGGGAUGAGCCCCAGGGAGCUGUGCCCAGCAGGAGCAGCCUGGGGCAGGGUGUCCCCGCUCCCUGGGGUCCCCACCCCGCCGGUGUGGGCUGGGGCAGUGCCCGGGUGGAUGUGUCCCUGGGGCCAGCAGCACGGGGCAGCAGCAGUGAGGGCAGUGUGGGCACACAGGGACAUGGCACUGCAGGGACAGGCCAUGGGGACUCCAGGGAAAUGGCUCUGGCCGCCAGCAGUGACAGUCCUGGUGCAGCCCCACAGCCCAGCGGGCAGCACGGGUGGGCAGGGGUGCCAGGGGGGAUGCUGGACACACGGGCAGGAGGGCAAUCCCAUGGCAUGGAGAGGGCAGAUGCUGCCUUGCCCACCCCGCAGGCCCUGGGCUGGGAGGGCGCAGGCAGUGCUGGCAGCCCCCACCCUGUCCUGAGCCCCCCUCCUGUGGGUGCUGAUGGGGCUCCCGUGGGGCAGGGAGGGCUCCAGCCAGAGCUGCACAGCCCCACAGCCCCCACCUCCACCCCCUCUAUGGCCACAGCAGCCCCUGCAGUGUCCCUGUCCCCUGCCAUGGUCAGGCCAGCCCCCCAGCUCACCCCCAGGGGCCAGCAGGGUGCCCUGGGCCCAGCCGUGCCCACAGCCCCAGCUCAGGGCCCAGCUGCCCACAAUGCAGGGUCCCCCCGGGAAUGGGGGGCACAGGGGAUGUCCCUGCACCCGGAUCUGGCAUCGUCCCACAGCGAGCUGACCUCCCAUGGGACCCCCCUCAGCAUCCCUGCUCCGAGGGACCCCUCACCAUGGGCACCACCAGGGACACCAACGAGGGACCCCUCACCAUGGGCACCCCCAGAGACAUCAAUGAGAGACCCCUCACCGUGGGCACCACCAGGGACACCAACGAGGGACCCCUCACCGUGGGCACCCCCAGUAACAUCACCAAGGGACCCCUCACCAUGGGCACCCCCAGGGACACCAACGAGGGACCCCUCACCAUGGGCACCCCCAGGGACACCAACGAGGGACCCCUCACCGUGGGCACCCCCAGCAACGUCAGUGGGGGACCCUUCACCAUGGACACGCCCAGAGACACCAACGAGGGACCCCUCACCAUGGGCACCCCCAGCAACAUCAGUGAGGGACCCCUCACCAUGGGCACCCCCAGGGACACCAACGAGGGACCCCUCACCGUGGGCACCUCCAGCCACAUCAAUGAGAGACCCCUCACCAUGGGCACCGCCAGGGACACCAAUGAGGGACCCCUCACCAUGGACACGCCCAGAGACAUCAACAAAGGAGCCCUCACCAUGGGCACCCCCAGGGACACCUGCCUCCAGUGACGGGGGGCAGGAGUUGUCCCAGCCCACCCCUUUGUCCCCCCCGCUCUGGGAGAAGAGGCUGGAAGAGGAGGAAGAGGAGGGGGAGGAGGCUCUGCUCCCACCAUCACCCCCUGCAGCAGCCACUGCCAAGCCCAGCUGGGAGGUCGGGAACUGGAGUGAGUGCUCGGCCACGUGCGGCCUGGGCGCGGUGUGGCGCUCGGUGCGCUGCAGCAGCGGCACUGACGGUGGCUGUCCCAUGGCCGACAGGCCCGUCCCCGCCCGGAGGUGCUCCCUGAGACCCUGCUCGGCCUGGCGUGUGGGCACCUGGAGCAAGUGCUCCAGGAGCUGCGGCGGGGGCACCAAGGUGCGGGAUGUUCACUGCGUUGACACGCGGGACCAGCGGCUGCUGCGGCCCUUCCACUGCCAGGCGGGGUUGGCACAGCCCCCGGCACAGCUGCCCUGCCACAGUGCCCCAUGCCUGGACUGGUACACGUCCUCCUGGAGAGAGUGCUCGGAGCCGUGUGGCGGCGGGGAGCAGGCCCGGCUGGUGACGUGCCCGGAGCCGGGGCGCUGCGAGGAGAGCCUGAGGCCCAACAGCACCCGGCCCUGCAACAGCCAGCCCUGCACCACCUGGGUGGUGGGCUCCUGGGGACAGUGCUCGGCUCCCUGUGGAGGGGGCAUCCAGCGGCGGCAGGUGAAGUGCAUCGACACCAGGACCGGGGUGGCCGAGGAGGACAGCAGCCUGUGUGACCACGAGCCGUGGCCAGAGAGCACCCAGAAGUGCAACCCCCAGGAGUGCGACAGCUCCGAGCCAGGUGUGCCCUGCGAGCGCGACCGCCUGAGCUUCGCCUUCUGCCAGACGCUGCGGCUGCUGGGCCGGUGCCCGCUGCCCACGGUGCGUGCCCAGUGCUGCCGCAGCUGCCAGCAUGCCCUGCCAGCGCCCGGGCAGCAGCGCGGCCAGCAGCGCCUGGCCCGCAGGUGACAGCGCCGUGCCCACCCAGGCUGGCACUGCCACGCUCCGCGUGCCCGGCGUGCCCGGCUCUCCGACUCUGCCACUCUCAAACGGUGCUCAAACCAUCCCCGGGGCUGCUGCUGGGGCUGGGCAGGUCCCGCUGCUCCCCACCCACACUCCAGGGGAUGCUGCCAGGGUCGGGGAGGCAGGGGAAAGGGAACUAAAAGCAGCAAUAAUUUGGGGAGAACCUCUCAGAAAUGCUCAUGGUGCUAUCAUUUGACAUUUGCAGCCUCUCGAAGGUGUUGGCUGGCCAGCACGAACCUUGAUUUUUAUUGUUAUUUUUAUGUCUCUGAGGUGAGCAUCCAGCAUUCCACCGGCUCUGCCGACCCUUUGGGGUAGGGGUUUUUUAUUUUAACUUUAAGGGACUUGAAGCUGGCAACCCACUCGUGUAAUUUUCAUUAAAAUGUUUACGCACUGAAGCUAAACAGAUUUAAUUUAAGAAGUGGAGGAAGGGCAGAGGAGUAACGUUUCAGCUUCAGCUGGGGCUGUGCAGGGCUCUGUCUCCCCAUUGCUGGCUUUCUCUGCCAAAGCCAUUGCUGUGUCCCUCUGGAGCAGAGGGCACCACCAGGGACACCAGGGUUUGGAGCCCACCAGGGCAUUCCCUUGCAUGAUUUGGGCAGCAGAGGGAAGCUGCCCUGGCAGUGAGUGGCACAUCCCCUCCCUCGUGGGCAGCCAAGUGCUCAGUCCCUGGAUUUCUCUAUGUGUAGCAGUGUAAUGCUUGGUUAAGGUGUUUUUCUGUGGCCUUACGGGCUGAACCCUUUUUUCCCUGCUUAUCUAGAUUCUCCUCUGUUAAGGUUAGCUGAUUUUUAACUAGAAUAUCCAAUUUACUCUGAGGCACAGCCCCUACUGCCUGCUCCCAGAGCGGUGUGGGAACAAAUCCCUGCCUGUCUCAGGAGGGAUUCCUGCCAGGUUGGUCUCUGGAGGAGGGCAGGAGCGUUUAGGUAGGAAUUCCUUUCCCUAUUACUCUUCAGGCUGUGGAGGGUGCCCAGAACCUGGGGCACCUUGAAGGGCAAUCCUCCCUGCAUGGGCACAGCCAGGCUGGAGCCCAUCCCAUUUGGGCUGCAGAGCUCCAGGUGCAGCAGCACUCAGCCCGAAUUCCUGUGUGUGAUUUGUAUGUAAAACACAAGCCAUGACCUCACCAUUUGUGCUUUAUUCCGUUCCAAGGUGGUGUACAGUUUUUAUGGUCCAAGAACCCGUGUCCAGUCCUGGUUUCCUUGUCCCCAGCACCAUCUGUCCCACACCCUGUCACCCUCCCAGGAUUGCAAAGGGACGACCCUUGUGCUGGGGUCUCAUGGCCACAGCUCACAAACUGUUAAAUUAAACAGUUACUGAAGGAAGCAGGUGGGUUUCACAUUUUCUCCUCCCCGUGGGGAAUUCUGAAGGUUUUCAGCUAAUUGGAGAUGGUUCAGGCACUGGCAGCAGGAAGGAAGGAUCAGUUUGCAUCUAAAAAUCAUUCACAGCUGCCCUUUGCAACUGGGAUUUGUUGAUUAAAACAUGAGCCGGGCUGAUGGGGUAAAUCAGUUCUGCAAAUCAAUUUAUUUGUGGCACAGGACCUGGUGAGCCCCUCCUGCAGUGCCUCUCUCUCCACGUGCAGGGUCCCAGCUGUGGCUGAGGGCACGGGUAAUCCCUCCUGUGGGACACCAGGCCGUUUUUAGCCACAUAACAAGCACAGAAACUGCAUUGUCAGUGACAAUAAAACACAUCUGGCUUAAAUAUCUGCGAUAUUUU